ACUUCACAUAAGUAGUUGAGCGUGGUGUAGUUUAUGCUACGUAUAUCUAUUGUAUUAAAACAAUUUUAAAAAAUGGUAAAACUAACAGCGGAAUUGAUUCAAAAUUCCAUGCAGUACAUAAAUCCAGUUAAAGACAGAGAACUGGACUUAAGAGGCUACAGAAUACCAGAAAUCGAAAAUUUAGGAGCCACAGGUGACCAAUUCGACACAAUUGACUUUUCAGAAAACGACAUACGUAAAUUGGACGGAUUUCCGUAUUUGAAAAGGUUAAAAUGUCUGCUCCUCAACAACAAUCGUAUUGUUCGUUUAGGAGAACAUUUAGAAGAAUACAUUCCAAAUUUGGAAAGCCUUAUCCUGACUGGAAAUCACAUUGACGAACUUGGUGAUAUCGAUCCAUUAGUCACCCUUGAGAACUUAACCACAUUAUCAUUAUUACACAAUCCCGUAACUGCAGAGGCUAACUAUAGACUGUAUGUUAUUUUUAAGCUUCCACAGUUGAGGUUGCUAGAUUUCCGUAAGAUCAGAAUGAAAGAAAGGGAGGAGGCCAAAGCAUUGUUUAGAAGUAAGAAGGGCAAAGAAAGUCUUAAGGAAAUUUCGAACAGGUCCUUAAAUAAAGGUACAAAUGAAGAUACCCUUGAGAAAAGGGUACAAAAUGGCCCUCCUAGUCAUGAAGUUAGGAAAAUUAGAGAAGCAAUUAACAAAGCUAGUUCUUUGGAAGAGGUCGAGAGGUUACAAAAAUUAUUACAAGCAGGACAGUUACCAGAUGACAACCAAAAUGAAAAUAGUGAAAAUGUAAUGGAAUUUGAGUGAUCAUAGGGUAAUGUAUAUUGUAAUUAAGAAAAAACGUGACAAAUGUAUUAAAAAAAUUAAGCUGAUAAGACCAUUAAUACUAUGUGUCUAAUAAUUUUUUUGUUAAUAAAGCCUUUAUAAGGUAGAGAAGCGAUAAGGUACUGAAUUUUCAUCCAAAUACAUUUUUAUUUUUAAA